AGAUUCGAGCAAAAAAUAAACAAAAAUUUUCCUUUGAAAUUUAAUAAUCAAUUUUGUAAUAGUUAAACAUUAUUUCUUCUUCAAUAAAAUUAAAAGUAUUGAUAAUAGAGUUGGUUGCAAAUUUAUGAAAAAGUUGGAAUAUUUAAGUGAAAAUGACUGCUAUAAGCGAAUAUGAAAGUUCGAGAUUGAUGGAAUUUUUCAGACAUCACACGGAUAAUGAGAAAAAGUUAAUAUCGAUAGCGAAAACCAUAACAAAGAAUACUUUAACUCAUUUAACACUUAAUGAUGCUUACAAAAUAGUUCUUUUGCACUCCGAGUCUGUCUCGAGCAUCUUAAAUCGAAAACCAAUAAGCAAAGAAAUACUUUUAAAGUACUUAACAGACAACAAUAUCGCAGUGACAAAUAAUUUCACAAAGACAUCACUUGUAGAGCAGGUGAUAGACUUUUGGAGAAGUACAGAACAUGGAAAUCGUCAACCGAUAGCAAGUCAACAGCACAUAUUUCAACAGCAACAUCAACACUCAAUUGAACGACUCAGCAAAAAAUCAGAAGAUUUUCCAGUGAACGUAAUGUCAAGAAAUUUCUCUAGUUGGUUUUAUAAGAAUCUCAAUGAUAAUACGAUACAAAUCAACGACUUUUGGAGCGACAGCACUUGCGUGAUAAAAAUAAUUGACAGUUCAGGAGAUGUGAAAGAAGAUUCAACAAUCACAUCUGCUCUUGUUCUUAAUUUACUAUUCUCAACAAAAACUCAAUUCAACUUUUACUUCAAUCCCAACUUAAGUUAUGAAGGAACAAGAGGAAAAAUGGAACAUCAUGGAAUUGUUCUUGUGCUGUGUUGUGGAACUCUUCACACUCAGGCUUCCGUAGCAGUCGGAUUCUUUGAGUCUGUGUUUGGACUUAUGCGAGAUCCAUUCUCUGAUAACAACUGGAAAAUCAAAAGUGUUAAACUUCAACUUCAAAGUACACCAUCGAUAGGAAUGCAGAAAUUGCCAGCACUUGAGAAUUGCAAUUCACUUCAACAGUUUAUGACUCUACCAGAACAUGAAGAUAACUUAUGAGAUGUCUGUUACAUUUAAACAUCUUCAGUUGUUUCAGUGUCUUAAAAAUUACAAGAAAACUUUUCGUUCUUUCCUUUCUGGUUUAUUGUUUAAACCAUUUGUAAUGUAGCA